UAGCUGGCCCCCCACCACUAGAAAAAUAAAAAAGUUCAAAAAGGAGAAGCAAAAAGCGAGAACUAUACGCAGAUUGAUAAUUAGCAGAAAUGUUUGUGGCCCGUAGAAUUUCGCAAUCAGCUAGCCUGGCGGUGCGUGGCAAGCACACUCUGCCCAAGCUGCCCUACGACUAUGCCGCUUUGGAGCCCAUCAUCUGCCGUGAGAUCAUGGAGCUGCACCACCAGAAGCAUCACCAGACCUACGUCAACAAUCUGAACGCCGCCGAGGAGCAGCUGGAGGAGGCCAAGUCGAAGAGCGACACCACCAAGCUGAUCCAGUUGGCUCCAGCCCUGCGAUUCAAUGGCGGUGGCCACAUCAACCACACCAUCUUCUGGCAGAAUCUCUCGCCGCAGAAGAGCCAGCCCAGCGAGGAUCUGAAGAAGGCCAUCGAGGGGCAGUGGAAGAGCUUCGAGGAGUUCAAGAAGGAGCUGAGCACGCUGACCGUGGCCGUACAGGGAUCCGGCUGGGGCUGGCUGGGCUACAACAAGAAAUCGGGCAAACUGCAGCUGGCCGCCUUGCCCAACCAGGAUCCCCUGGAGGCCUCCACCGGGCUCAUACCCCUCUUCGGCAUCGACGUCUGGGAGCACGCCUACUAUCUGCAGUACAAGAACGUGCGACCCUCUUACGUGGAGGCCAUCUGGGACAUCGCCAACUGGGACGACAUCUCGUGCCGCUUCCAGGAGGCCAAGAAGCUCAGCUGCUGAAUAAUCAAGUACCAAACGAAUAUGUAUGUCUAAUCCAUAAGCAUCGGCGGUUCGCAGAUCCCAAAUUGUAGUCUGAGUUGCGGCUAAUAAAUUAGUACCAAAACCUCUGAUGAUUUCAA